AAUCAGCAUGAAGGUGAACCAUGGAGCCAUCGUCUUUGGUGCAUUGCUUUUUGGUACUAUGACUGUUGUAUGGCUUCUGAACGGAUACUGAUGGAUGUUAAUCCAGGUAAUAAACUACAUUGUGCUGCAAAAGCUGCAGCUGACAAGGAGAAGACGGUUCCCUUGGAUAGCUUUGUUUAAGGUGGAUGAAUAAGUGCAAAGAGAGCAUUGAUAACAUGGAGGUUGUGAGGCAUAAACAAAAUAAGGCUCCCGAGGAUGUCGAGGUUGAUAUAAUAGGAUGCACAAAUAAUAAUGACACUACAACAGUUAAAAUUGAGGAUCCGGAUGCAACUGAAUGUUCCAGCUCAUUUGCUGACACCGCAUCUGAUACCGAUAAAUGUUCUGGAUUGAGUGAUGCUGAAGUCGAAUCUCAGUUCGUUGGUGAUGCUGCUUUUGCAUCUGCUAACGAACCAUUUAGUAGUGUGUUUCAUAUAAGGAAGAAGAGGCUGACAAGCCAUUGGAGGAACUUCAUUCGGCCUCUCAUGUGGCGCUACAAAUGGAAAGAACUGAGAAUCAAACAAAUCGAGUCUCAAGCAGGAAAAUACACCAGAGAACUUUCAGCAUUCAAUAAGAGAAAGUUUCUUGGAAUUGAUCAAUCUGCACUGGAAGGUUUUGGUUCAAAAUCAUUGCCAUUUUCUAGUCAGUAUAACCGUAAAAAGGCCAUCAAGCGGAGGAGAAGAAAGAGAAUUGAAGAAGUAACCGAUAUAGCCUCAUACAUGUCAUCUGAUAUGGACCAACAUACAGAUUGCAAUGAUAAAUCCGGCAUUAAUAACGAUCAAUUGCUUUUCGAGUUCAGAGAUGAAAAUAAUUCCUUGGAGCAAGUACUUAGGAAGAUUGAAAUUGUGCAUGCUAAGGUUCAGAAACUCGGGAAUCAAUUCAAUCAAAUUAUGUCAAAAAAUGUCUCGAAGUUCUCUUCCUCUGAGAAUUUAAGCUUCCGUGCUGCUUGUGAUGCUCAAACCAGCGUCGCCCCUAGCCCUACGUUGUCAGCUGGCAACGGAGACACAAUAUCUGUCGGACCUACAUUUAACUCAACUCAACAAAUUUGCGAAUAUGCUGGAGAUAUGGUUAUUCCUGCAUGUGCCAUUUCAAGUUAUGGAGAGGCUUUCCAUGUUCCUGAUAUAAUCGAAAGCACUGUUGGAUUAUUGUCGUUUGCUGAAGUUACCUGCCACCAGCCACCACUUGUAGACUCGUGCGAAGAUAUUGUGGAAAAUGUUCCGAUACAGAAUGAAGGAAAUGCCGGAGAUAAACAAGCUUUAAUGGCAAGAAACAGUCAAUCUAUGAAGGAACAUCAUCAAACCGAGAAAGUAGGAGAGAGCUCCAACCCAUCUCGUGUUGCAACAUCAGAGCCUAAUAACGCAACAAAAAACGUUGUGUCUCAGGAUCAAUCAAUUCUGAGAUCAUGUCUAGCUUCAGACAUCUGUUUCCCCAAGAGUAAAAGAAAGCGAGGGGAACGUAAAGCUGGCUCCGUCGGUUGGAGCAGGAAACCUGCAGGUGAGCCUGAUAAUAGCCAAUGACUUCAUUUCUGAUGGUCCACUAAGUUUAGCAGGCUCUAUAUUGCUAACAAAUCAAAGCACAGAGGCACUCAGUAGGCACCAUAACUGGAACUCCGAUUUUUUGGGAGCCACUAUAUUGUAGUUUCUGAUAUACUGGCCUCAAACAACAGUUUUCAUGGGGCCAAAAAACUAACCUACAGCUCCAUGAUUUGCUGGCACAGUAAGCUACCCCUCCAU